AUGGCAGCCCCAACAGUAGAAACCCCAUCCACAGAAGAGAAUCCAGAUGACGAACCCUGGCCACUUUUGAACGCUAAAGAUCAUGCUGAACAGGUACUACAAUAUACCUCUAUGUCUUAAUUUUAAAAUUUAGUUUGACCCAACAAAGUACCUCGAAGGAUUCUACAAAACGGCCAAAGAAGACUUGGCCAUGCAAAUCGUACUGUUCUUCCUACCCGGCAUACUGUAUCGACUACCGAAUGAAGUAGAAGAUGUACUUGAUCUAGGAGCUGGGCCUACUGUUUACAUUCCGAUUGCUAUGAGACAUAAAGCCAAGAAUAUUUACAGUAGUGAUUUUGCUGAGGUAAGCGCAGUUUCUAAAGAGCAGAGAUCUCUUGCUCGCUCUACAAAAUUUUUUAAAAUCACCAGCUAGUUUUGUUCGCCAUACCCUUACCUUAUCAAAUCCUACCCUUACACGGCACCCUAAGCCGUACAGACCUUAUACCAAAAAAUCUAUCUAAAAACUUUAAUAAAAGCCAAAGUAACACCCACCAUAUCUGCAGAUAAACCGUGCCGCCGUAACCGCCUGGCUAAAAAACCAGUCCGACUUCGACUGGACUAACGUCUGUGAAUGGAUAAAGUCAAUUGAAGCUUCGAAAGAUACUCCAGAAGCCAUGCAAGACAAUGCGAGAGAUAUAAUGAAAGGUGUCCUCGCAGUAAAUGUACAUAACCCAUCCCCAAUCACUGGAGUUCAUUACCAAAAAGACCAGACAGUACCAGUACCAAAACAGUUCGAUGCUGUUUGUACUGUUUUUUGUUUGGAGUACGCUUCGGAGACGUUAGAAGAGUACGAACAAGCAGUUUACAAUGCUGGAAGUUUGGUGAAGACAGGGGGAUAUAUUGUACAAGGUGGAGUACUGGAAGCUCAUGAGUAUGGGUUUGGAGGAAGAAGAUUUAAAUGCCACUUUUUGACCAAAGAUCAGUUGGUUACUGCUUUGAAGGUAGGUUUAGGUUUAGAGAUUUUAAUAUUGAUCAAGAAACGUCACAUUUUAGAAGGAUCAUAGACGUAUAUAACAAUAUAUGUUCAAAAUAUUAUACUAAAAUUAAUCUUUAAUUUUCAGAAAAGUGGCUUCGAAACAAACGACAAAAACGGUUUCAAACUGAUCGUAUCAGACGAGAUUUUCUUAUUAGUAGCUAAAAAAUUGUAA